AUGACGCUGGACAUUGACACGUCCCGAAGGAACAAGGCGCCCCGGCCGCUGUCGGACGCGGAACGCGCGCGCCUUGACGAGUACAUCGACUCGAUCCACUACUCUUCCAGGUAUUCCGACAGCGAGUACGAGUACCGACACGUGCAGCUGCCCAAGGCCAUGCUCAAGGCCAUCCCCAAGGACUAUCACGACACCUCCAAGGGCACGCUGAAGCUUCUGUGGGAGGACGAGUGGCGGGCGAUCGGAAUCACGCAGAGUCUCGGCUGGGAACAUUACGAGGUGCACGAGCCCGAACCACACAUUCUCCUCUUCAAGUACGGCGCUCCCCCCUUCCUCCCUCCCCGCUGCUCCCUCCUCGCUGCUCCCUCCCCGUUCCUCCCUCCCUCCUCCCCUCCGCAAACGUCACGCUCGACGCGGCGACUGAUGGCCCAGCAGGCGCCCGCUCAACUAUCAACCGCCGCAGUGAGGGCCGCCCUCGGCUCCGGAGGUGCCCAUGCCUGCGAGGCCACCGUGGGCCAGCCACCCGUCGUUGGCACCUGCCUUUGCCUGGUCGCGGCACGAAAUGGACGACGGCCUCCUGUUGAACCUUGCCGAUUCCGAUGGCGAACGCUCCCCGCUCGACAUCAUCGAGCGCGGGCCUGCGCCUUGUCUGUUUGGAUCCUCGGCGGCGGCGGACCUCGGUCGGGCAAGACGACGCUGCGGGGCUCGUGUCGUCCGGCGUCGUCGGCCGCGGCGGACUCUUGCCGCGUGAAGGAAGAAGCAAUAGAACGCGUCGGCUUGGCCUAG